AUGAACCCAAGCAUGAAACUUUCUGCGCCAGUUAUUUUGAGGCAACGCCGACCCAAGACACGAGCUCGUGGUUUCAUCCGAGCGUAUGCUCCGGUCCUAGAUGACGUGGGAAUCGAUCAGGAGACAUUCUUCGACUUCAUCGACACCUUCAACGAAGCCCUGGAGCCCAAUCCGUGGCUAUAUUCCUUUAAUCUAGCGGACCUUGCAGGGCUGGCGGUGCCCGAGCCCUUGAUGAUGCUACUAGGGAUCGGAGUCGGCAUCGCUACAGACGCGGCCAUCGAGACGCAAAGCCGUUUCAAGUCCAAUAAAUUCUUGGUCUCCAUCAACGCGGAUUUCUUCCUCCCGCGGGGUCUGCUAUGUCUAGUCGUGACACGGAAACCCGAAGCCGCUGUCGGAGAACUUAUAACGACAGUCGACUUCGAAGGGCGGGCAGUCGAGUCUCAAACCAAGGCCACCACGAGCUUUAAUCAAAAGAUAAGGGAUAUAAUAACAAAGGCUUCAUCUAGCGACAAGGAAUUGCAAAAGUCCCGGGGGCAAAUUCAGGAUAGGAUGAAGUCCUCCAGCGGUGCCUAUGAAUGGCCUGAGCCGGCGGCGCUCAUCUUCCCAUCUCCAGGGGAGGCAGGCUCUGCCCAGCGCCGAGCUGUCGAGGGAAACAAGAAGAAGAAAAACGCCCUAGACCGCGCGGAAAGUUGGCUUGACGAAUACAUGGAUAGGUACGCGCAGGCUAAAUGGCUAGAGAAGAACCACGGGCACCCAACAGCCUCCUUCGCGCCAAAACCAGAGUUUCGAUCGCGGUAUGCUGAUCCAAGUCAUCCGGCUGCGAGUGGCGAUCCCGUAGCUUUUUUGACUGGAGGAAAAUGGCAGUUUGGUCGGGAAAAGAUUGUAGAGAACAGGCCACCUGGCCGUGAUCGCAAUGGAAAGGAUCUGAAGCCGGGGUCAGCAAGCCUGGAAGCCAAAUCUUCCUCGUCGGGAAGUGCGCCUGCUGGAAGAUUUAUUAAUUUACUGCAAAGGGAUGUUUUAUGUCUCCUUAUCGUGGACGUGACUUCCUCCCGUAUCGAUGGUUUUGAAGGUUCGGGGGAUAGCGCUGUAGCUUGA